UCAACCAUAGGGAUGCUCGACUGGAGGAACCACAGCCAUUGGAUGCCUGGGGAUGGCGUAGGAUUCUCAGUUGAGUACACGUGCUGCUAUCUUUCUUCUCCUCUUUGCCUCUUUUUAUCUUUGCUUCCAUGCAUGGAUUUCUCCUCCAAAUAUAGUCAAUUUUAGAGAAAGAGAGAGAGAGAGUGAAAGAAAAACUAAAACAUACUUAACAGAGAGAGAGAAAGAAACGCUCAUUCUCUCUUACAAUUUGCGUGUUUUCCUUCUUAUUUGGCUUUGUUCAUCGCCAUCAUUAGCAACAAAGGUAACAACAACAACAACAACAAAGACCCCCACCUCUUCAAAGUUUUGAUCUUUUCUUCAUAUUUCAACUACCCCAGGAAGCCAUAUUGAGAGAGAAAAAAAGCUAGCUAGUAUACUUAAUUCAGCUAGGCCUCUUUCCUUUCAGCUAUCAGAUCUUGUUCUUUCCGCAGAAUUCUGUGAAAUCUGAGAUAAUUUCUUGUCUAGUCAGCAAAAACCGUCAUUUUAAACAUGUGUGCAACUAAAUUUGAGCCAGUACCUUAAUUUUCUGAUCUGGGGUCUUACAAUUUUUGUUUUUAGAGUGCUCUGUUUCAUUGCCGUUUGGCUUUUCUUCUGACUGUAAUGAGAUCAAGAAUUGAAGCAUUGUUUCCAAUUCUUUGACCAGAUUUAAAGUUUCAUUUUUUAUCUCCUUCUGAUCUGUGUUUUCUUUAUUGAAUUGUGAAUUAUCUUUUCAAUGGAAGAAGAUCAAGAAUUCAAGCAUGUUUGCAAGUUUUGUAGCAAGAGCUUCCCCUGUGGCAGAUCCUUGGGUGGUCAUAUGAGGUCUCACAUGACUACCAACAAUAAUUCAGCUGAAACUAAUGACAAGCUCAGCAAGAAAAAGCUUGUUUCUGUGAAUAACGGUGGUUACGGUGCUAACACUGAAACUGGUCUGGAUGCUGGGAUUAAUGGUGGUUAUGUUCUCAGAGGGAACCCCAAGAAGACAUGGAGAGUAGCAGAUUCAAGUGAAGAUACUUUAGUUCAUAACAAGGUUUGCAAAGAGUGUGGCAAAGGUUUCCAAUCUUGGAAAGCAUUGUUUGGUCACAUGAAGUGCCAUUCAGAGAAAGAAAGAGCUUCCAAUAAUAGCUUGGAGGAACAAGAUUCUUGGACUAGUGCUAACCAAAAGCUGGUCAUGGAUAGCCAAUCUGACAAUGAAACUGCUGCUCCUAGUAAAGGGAGGAGAUCGAAAAGAAGAACAAGGUACAUGGGCACUGCAAAUUCUUCUACUUUCUCUUUAACUAACCAUGUUUCCUCUUCCAUGUCUGAGAUUGAGCAAGAACAAGAAGAGGUUGCUCUGAGCUUGAUGAUGCUUUCUAGAGAUGUGGGUCAUUGGGGUGGCUUAAAUUCUGUUGCUGAAUCUUCCGAUAAUAACUCUGUGUUUUUGGAAGCCAAAUUUGAGAUCAAAGCUUCCAGCUAUAAUGGUAACGAAGUUAGGCUGUUGAAAAAACAGAAAGAGAAGGAGUUAGAAUCUGGUACAGUGGAUUCUGAGACUUUCCAAGAUGGAGCGGGACAAGCAGAAUUUUGUGCUUCUGGGCUGUCAAAAACUGGGAUUAGAGUGAAUAAAAGUAGAAAUGAAGUUUCUGUUGAUGAGUCCGUCAAGGAUGAAAGAAACAGCAAGUCCCAAUUAGAUGGUCAGUUUGGCGCAGAAAAUUCUGAAGUUGAAUUAAGCAGGAAUUUAGUGAAACAAACUGGCGUAAAUCGAGCUCAACUAGGUUCCAAUAAGUUGAAUUCAAGCAAGAGGAAGUUACAACACUCUAAUGAUCCUGAACUGAAAUCAGGUUCUGUGAACAAACUGACAACCGAUGUUCUUGACUCUGAAUUCUGUAAGGAUCCUCAUAAGAGAAGCAAGUUUGAGUGCAUUACUUGUAACAAGAUCUUCCACUCUUACCAAGCUCUAGGAGGUCAUAGAGCUAGCCAUAAAAAAAUCAAGGGCUGCUUUGCUUCAAGAAUUGACAGCAGUGAAAAUAGCAUUGAAACUGAACACUCUCCCGACCCAACAGCAGAUUGCAAGCUUGUCAAAUCAAUUGGCAAUGAAUUUCCCAUUGCUCAAUUAGCUGCAGACAGUGAUGAUAAGGCUGAGAUAAGCAAUGGGGUUAAGAAGAGCAAAGGGCAUGAGUGCCCCAUUUGUCUCAAGGUUUUCCCAUCAGGCCAAGCCUUAGGUGGUCACAAGAGAUCUCAUUUAGUCGCCGAGGCAAAAGCAAACCAAACAAUUGUAAUCCAAAAGCCCAUUCCGGAAAUUCGUGACUUUCUUGAUCUUAAUCUGCCUGCUCCUGUUGAAGAAGAAACCACUGCGCAUGUGGGGUUCAAGCCGUGGUGGGUUGGGAGCAGCCACAAGCACGAAGCGUUAGUGGGGUUGAUUUCUAACUGAGGUUCCAAAUCCUUUCAUCGCUAUGGUUUUCCAAUAAAGAUUCAAGAGUGUACACUGUACAGUGCAAACAAAGUUUCUGCAUAUUAUUUCAUUCAUUCUUUACAGAUUCAAGAAUUCACCCAAGGUACUGGCGCUUAUUAAUGGUUAAAGUAGGUAUUCUUCAAUCUUAAAAGUUCCGGUUAACUGUUUUUUUGUUUUUGUUGUUACAAUUCUCUAAUCGUUCUCAUUUUGGUUUCUUGGUCCUGUUGGCCAUUGAAUAAGUCUUUAUUGCUGCAAAAUUUCUAGCUCAUUGAUCUGUUUAUGACUAGAAACUUGGAAACUGUAAUUGAAUAUUUCAAGCUUCUACUUGUCACAUUUGGAAUGUACUUGUCAAUGAAAAGCAACCGUU